UUAUCUCGAUGCUACGCUGGCAAAUAUCAACAAGUAACUGUCAAUUCUACCAUCAAGCUAUGAAGUCCAAUGACGUUUGCAGCUAUAGGAGAAUAUUCUGAAGAUAAAACGCAGAUAAAAUUAUAUAAAAUUUGUUACAUUAAAUUGCGAAGAGGAAAAACUUGAAGAUUACUUGAUCUUAGCACAAUUUCAAUGUGUGCAAUUUCUAUGAAAGAAAAGGAUUGGAAAAUCUCUCGACAUUCAAAGAUUACAAUUUCAGCCAUGGAUUAUAAAGGAGAGAACAUAACAGUCAUAAUUUACAGUUUAAACUAUGGAAAGCUUUGAAAGGAAUGUGAACUAUGAGAAAAAUAUUUGAAAACUAUUUUCACUCUCUUUUGAAAAUUAUAAUACCAACUGUAAGCUAUUAAAAGGAAGAUUUUUAUGUUUAUGGUGUUUUGAAAGCUAUAACAUUAACCGCAAAUUAUGGACAGGAAGACUUAUUUACUUUCAAAGGCAACUAAUUUAAUUAUGAAAAAGAGGAAUUUGAAAGUUACAAUUUACCUCUCAAGCUAAAAUUAUGAAGAUGAAGGAUACAAAAGGCAUUUGAUUUUUGAAAUCUAUAACUUCAAUUUUGAAUUAUGAACUAGAUUUACUUGAUUUUUAAGAACAAUAUCACAACUAUGCCACAUCCUUGUGUCGUCUGUGGCCGUUCACGUAUGAAUCCUAACAAUCGCGAGGAAGAGUACAUGUUCUUUGGCUUUCCAGUGAACGAUGAGCAACGUUGCCGCUAUUGGCUUGAGUUUUGCGGUCGUGAGGAUCUUUACAAGCUUACAAAAAAACAACUUCUUCAACGUAUGGUUUGCUCUAAGCAUUUCCAGUCGCAAGAUUUUCUCAAUGAGUACUUGGACCGCUUAAAUCAUACUGCGGUUCCAUCAGUUUAUGAUCCCAAGCAGAGUUUGUAUAAUAUAACAUGUGUUCUUUGUGGAAGAACACGAAGAGAUCCUCCUACUGCAGAUUAUGAUGGAACAACCUUCCAUCAUUUUCCUGGGGAAGAAUUUCGCUGCCUCAAAUGGCUGGAUUUUGUUGGCGUAGACUCUUAUUACAGAUUGACAAGGAAAGAAAUUCUCUUUUGUUAUAUCUGUUCUAAGCAUUUUGAUCGUUCCCAGUUUGUUCCAGGAUUCAAAGGGAGAUUAAUGGAAAAUGCUGUUCCUAAGUUUCGUGAUGCAGAUCACGUGGAUCAAUCAGAGCCGUCUAUUGUCGAUUCGCAGGUAGAAUCGAAACUUUUCAGCUUUCCGGAUAAGUGCAAGAAGCUGGAGUCGUUGCCUACUGAAGUACUAGAAAGCCAAGCUUGCGCGGCUUGUGGUCGGUUAAGAUCCGAUCCGAGAAAUAAGAUUGAACAUUACAAAUUUCAUCCGUUCCCGGCAUACGAAAUAGGUCGAUGUUUACGCUGGUGUCAGUUUCUCGGCCGCGAAGAUCUGCUCAAAAUGUCGCCCAAUCAGAUACGCAAGCUUGUGCUGUGUUCCAAACAUUUUCAAGCUAAGCAGAGUUUCCACAAGAUUGGGCCAUGUGACGCAGUGCCUACAAUAAAGGAUAUUGCAGAAAGCGAAAAUGUUUCUGAGCAAAAUGAAGAUGAUCAAUACCUUGAUGGAGAAGAUGGUAAAGACUCUUCUAAGGUCUUUAAACGUCCAGUUUCUAGGCCACUUGUAUCCAGCAAGAAACCCAAGGUUGACAAUAAACCUGCGCCAUUGGCUAAAAAACGAGGAAAAUCACGAAGACCGACUUCUAUUAAUAUUCCUAGACUUAAUCCUAACAAUACGGAGAACCAAAUUAAAAAACUACCUCUUCCGCCUACGACUAAUUGGAAGAUCCAAUUGGGGGAUCAAUUUCAACCAAUUACAAUUAAUAAUGUCGCUUCAAAUAAUGUUACGAAUAAUCUUCAGGGAAGCGUUAAGAAGAUUAUAGUGCCGUUUUCUGGAGAUAUAUCGACGCUUGGUGCUCCGAUACCAGUUCAUAGUUUGUCGAGUAUUCCUCCGGGACUAUUAAUUAAGAUAAAUCUGCCAGAACAAGAACAGCAAAAUCUUCAAAAAGCAUCGAGAAUAAAAAAACAAAACAAGAUGAAAAAUUAUACGAGCAAUUCGAGCGAACAACAAAUCUGGAUGAAAAACAAUCAAACUUCUACUAUCUUGCAAAAAACGAAACAAAACAUGGACAAAAGUUUAGUGGAAAUUUUAUCAAUGUCUACAGAAUCUAAUGAAGAGAUUUUAAAUUCUAAUAAGGUACAAGUACAGGAAGAAGAAACGCUUCCGCAUUCCUUGGAGAUUUUGGAAGACGAAACUGGGCUGCAAGUCAGUGUAAAGAAGAAGCAUUAUUUUGAGGAAUUAGAGGAUUUGAAACAAAAUGUAAUGAAAAGGAGGAAAAGACGACGGAAGAAGAUUACAGGAACUAUGAGAAGAACCAUGUUUCCUAUCAGAAGCGAGAUUAGGCAUUUCUUGAGAAAAAUAGCACCGUUAGUGCAUCGGUUACCAACACGGGCCAGAGCAACGUUAAAGCUGUCAAUUGUCAAUAUGGUGAUUGAUCAACUCUAAAGCUGCAAAGAUAUAUUUUACAAUCGAAAUUCUUUCUUCUCGACUACAUUGAUUGAUGAACAGUCGAAGAAGUUUUCAAAAAUAUAAUUAGGAUUUAGAUUUGUUUCGUUUUAAGUAUUGAAAAACAUUGGAUAGUUCGGAAAUGUCGUUAAAGUUUGAAUUUAUUUCAUUUUCGACGAACUGCAAUCAUACUCCUCUAUUCUAGAAUUAUAUAAUUCGGCAUUAUUUUUCAAAAUAACACGGGAUCUUGGCGCUUUAUAUUCACAGAAUAAAUAUAGCAUUGACAUUUUCUAUUUUUAACUCAUUUUUUUUUUCAU